CCCAUUCCAGCAAACAUACCUGACGCAGAGUGACGGGACAGACUGUUUCCCUGAGUUGUAAUCAUCACCAUGGCCUCCAACCCGCCCGCAGUCUGCUGCACCAUCGGCGUCAGACAUGACGGCGAACCCGCCGGCAAGAUGGUGAAGGUCGCUAACAAGCACGACGCCUACCUGGCCACACCCCCCGCUGGCAAGGAGCACAAGGGCGCCGGUAUCCUGUUUAUCCCCGACGUGAUUGGCAUCUGGCAGAACAGCAAACUGCUCGCCGACCAAUUCGCCGCCAACGGCUACCUGACGCUGCUGCUCGACGUGUUUAACGGCGAUCCCGUCCCGCUGAACCGCCCUGCAGACUUCAAUAUCAUGGCCUGGCUGGCCAAUGGCUCCGACGGCAAGACCCCGCACACCAAGGAGGUGGUUGAUCCCAUCGUUGUUGAGGGCAUCAAGACGCUGAAGGAGGAGUAUGGUAUCUCCAAGAUUGGGGCGGUUGGGUACUGCUUCGGUGCCAAGUACGUGGUCCGGCAUUACAAGGAUGGCAUCAACGUCGGCUACGUGGCGCACCCUUCGUUUGUGGAGGAGGACGAGCUCGCGGCCAUCACGGGUCCCUUCGCCAUCUCGGCCGCUGAGACGGAUAGCAUCUUCCCGGCGGAGAAGCGUCACAAGUCGGAGGAGAUCCUGCAGAAGACGGGCCAGCCGUACCAGAUCAACCUGUUUUCGGGCGUCGAGCACGGGUUUGCUGUUCGGUGUGACCCCUCAGUCAAGGUGCAGCGGUUUGCGAAGGAGCAGGCUUUCCUGCAGGCUGUUAGCUGGUUUAACGAGUAUCUAGUGUGACUAACUGGUCAGGAGAGGGUAGUCGGGUUGUAGGUAGGUCUCUGGCUAUAGCAUAUCGGCACGCACGACCAGAAUUUGCUCUUGGGCGACACGCUUUAUUACUGUUGAAACUGACCCAUCUCCUGGUGAAUUCAUCAGUGAAACGAGCACUAUGGUGCGUGUAAGUGCUAAGUCGAUACUUUGCGGUGCUGUAGAAAAGAGCUAGUGACCAGGUACUCCCUAUUAGCGUCAAUUGUUAAGGUAGAGCUUUCACUUCUAAUCGCAUCUCUUUUCCUAUCUAGUUACUCCCAUUUACAAGCGAUGGAAGACCGGGAACACCUGUGACAUGACCCGGAUGUUGCAUAAUAUAUGUGUGAAUUGGUGAGG